UUUCUAUCAAAAACCACAACACAGAACAAAACAAUGACCAAGAAAAUCGGCACCCUCCGUCGAUUCCUCCCUUCUUGCUUCUUCCCCACCACCACAGCCACCACAAAAACUCCCACCACCACCAAGAAACGCCUUAGCACUUCUCUUCGUGACGACAUUCCCGACUACUUCACCUACAAUAACACCAACCAAGAACCCAUCAAGAACCAAGACCAACACUCCCAAACCUCUUCCACCACUUCCAGCAACGAAACCAUAACCAGCACCGUCAGUUUCACCCAACCUCGAUCCUCCAAGUCCAUGGUUCUUGGCACCAUCUUCGGUCCUCGCCGAGGCCACGUCUGGUUUUGCAUCCAACACGACCGUCUCUCUUCCAAACCAACCCUCCUCCUCGAACUCUCCAUCUUAACCACCCAACUCAUCAAAGAAAUGAGCGGUGGACUAGUCCGCAUUGCCCUCGAAUGUGACAAUACGUCUUCAGACUUCGGUUCUUGUCCUCUUCACGCAGUCCCGCUCUGGACUAUGUACUGUAAUGGCCGCAAGAUCGGGUUCGCUACAAGAAGAAAAGGGAGUGAGCGUAUCAAGUCCAUGCUCAAGACCAUGCAGAACACCAACGUUGGAGCUGGAGUCAUACCUACAGAAUCCGAGGACAUCAUGUACAUGAGAGCUUAUUAUGAGCAUGUUGUUGGGAACUCAGACUCCGAGUCUUUCCACCUCAUUAACCCGGACGAGUGCCCAGGUCAAGAACUCAGUGUGUUCUUGCUCAGGUCCAGGAACGGCAAUUUUCUUUAAUUAUUUAUGGGGUUUUGCAAGGUAGCUCGGAAAACUUAAUUGUUUUCUUGCUCUUGCACUUGAAUAUCUUUAUUCUUUACUUUCUUGGAAAUGGGGUUUCUUUGUACGUAAUUGGAUUUUUCUUUUAGAAAAGCCAGGGAAAGGGGUUACUAAUUAUGUAAUUGAAGAGUCUUUUAGGCCUAAUUCUUUAGUCUUUCAGUCUAUGAAAUCAGAUUUGUGUACCAUAUCUCUCAAUGUUAAAUACAGCACUAGAACCUUUGAGAUUUUAUCCAAAUCAACAAAAGUU